CAGUUUUCCUAACGAAAAACGGUCAAUGAAGACCCUGCUUUUUGGGCGCUCCCCUAACUACCACAGUCUGUUUAGUCUUUAAAAGUAUUGUUCUGCUCAAGGCGACUGACAUCGAACCACACACAGCUAUUUCCGGUUUCCGGUUUCAGUUUAUGCCCUGGCGUGCACAAUUUUUUACAACAAAAACGCGAGUCCUAAAAAAAAAACGGGAUUUGAUUUCCCAGAGCUCUUUUGCAGCCCUGCAUUUAUUUGCAACCGAGAACUCCCCCUUGUUUGCUUGUACUUGUGUUCACGGGGUGCAAAGGUAAUUGGACUUUGAGACAUCACCAACAAUACAGUCGAGGACUCACAUGACCAAAAAGCGAGCAGUUUAGCGGGAAGAGGUAAAUCGCCUACUGAAAAAAACUGUACACGUUGCCUGUUGGAAUUCUCAAGAUGGAGAAUUUCUUAGCGGCGCGUGCGGAGAGUUACAAGACGGCGAUAAAGUGUUGUGGAGGCGAGGAGACGAGUUCAGUCGCCAGUAAAGACUGUUCUAUGCUCGAAGCUGGAGAAUACGUGGAACAGCUCAGCUUUUGGCAAAGACCGCGGCAGAGAGUGGAUUUAGAAUUUACCAAUGUGAACUACACUAUAAAACUUGGUAGAAAUGAUUAUAAGGAUAUUAUCAAAGAUGUUUCUGGGAAAUUUAAAAGCGGGGAGCUCGUUGGCGUCUUAGGACCUUCAGGGGCUGGAAAAUCAACUCUGAUCAACGUACUAGCGGGAUAUCGGACCAAGUUUGCAGAUGGCUCUAUCAAGGUCAAUGGGGUCGAGAGGAAUCUACGGCAGUUUAGGAAAAUGUCGUGUUAUAUCAUGCAAGAUGACGUGUUACUUCCUCAUCUAACUGUAAUGGAAUCCAUGAUGGUAUCAGCUAAUCUACAUCUUAAGGAAAACAUGCCUCUGGAUGACAAGGAACGCCUGAUUAAAGAGAUCCUGAUCAAUCUCGGUCUUCUCGAAACGGCUGACACGCGGCUCAGCGAAGUCUCUGGUGGUCAGCGGAAGCGCGUUGCCAUAGCACUGGAACUCAUAAACAAUCCUCCUCUGAUCUUUCUGGACGAGCCCACUAGCGGUCUUGACAGCUCCUCGGCGUAUCAGUGCAUUAGCCUGAUGCGCACCCUCGCCCAUGGCGGACGGACUGUAGUUUGUACGAUACAUCAGCCAAGCGCCAAGCUAUUCGAGAUGUUUGAUAAGUUGUAUAUCUUAGCGGAAGGGAACUGCCUCUUUCAAGGCCCGGUCGCUCAGCUCGUCCCGCACAUGUCUCGCGAGGGCCUCGAGUGUCCCAAGUACCACAACCCCGCAGACUUCAUUAUUGAAGUUGCGGCCGGAGAAUACGGCGAGGACGUCAUUCCCAAGCUCGUGAAAGCGUGGCACGUGCACAUGGCGGAAGAGAAGAGGCGAAAGAGCCUGGAGAUGAGCCCGGGCUCAGAUGUCAGCGGCGACAGUAGCGUGAGCAAAUCCUCCACGGUUACCGUAGCAACAGGAGGCUGUAAUUUGAGCACGAAAACGAGCACGGAGAGCUUGGGGAUAAUUCAUGCGGCUAGCCAGACAACACAGUUCGUAGUCCUGUUCAAGCGGGCGUUCCAGUCCAUCCUCCGAGACCGCGUGUUCACGCACCUUCGAGUGGUUUCCAUAGCAGCGGUGGGGCUUCUGAUUGGUCUACUCUACCUGGGGAUUGGUAAUGACGCUAAUAAAGUGUUCAACAACACGGGUUGCCUGUUCUUCUCUCUUCUCUUUCUCAUGUUUACGUCGCUGAUGCCAACGGUUCUAACAUUCCCAAUGGAGAAACUUGUCUUCAUCCGGGAACAUCUAAAUAACUGGUACAGUCUCAAGUCCUACUAUCUGGCCAAGACCAUGGCAGACGUCCCUUUCCAGAUCCUGUUUCCCCUUAUCUACUGCACCAUUGUGUACUUUAUGACGGAGCAGCCACAUGAAGGCCUCAGAUACACGCAAUUCGUGGCGAUCACCAUUCUUACAUGUUUAGUCGCGCAGUCGAUUGGAUUACUCAUAGGAACUGUAGCUCCAAGUCUACCGACCGCUGUCUACGUGGCCCCAGUCACCGGCAUCCCGGUCCUUUUGUUCAGCGGAUUCUUUGUGAACUUUGACACCAUACCUAAUUAUAUGCAGUGGCUGACGUACGUGUCGUACGCGCGGUACAGCUGGGAAGGCACCGUCCUCUCCAUAUAUGGAAACAACAGAGGGCCCCUGCACUGCAAGCAGGAGCGGUGCAUAUUUAAGAACAGUGAUGACGUCCUCGAUGCGAUGGACGUCGAAGAGAGCGCUUUCUACCUAGAAGGUGCCAAAAUCUACUUUGACUGUUUUGUGUUACUGUUGUUUUUCAUCGCUUUGAGACUUGCCGCCUAUCUUGUGCUGAGAUACAAAGUAAAAUCGAUGCAUUGACGACGGUAACAACAGCCUAAAGGUCAGCGGUGUGACCAAAGCACUGGUCGCGGGAAUGUCCCUCUGGGAGGGACAAUAUUGAGCUGGGCUCAAGCGGAAGGUGUCUGUGUGUGGCCCUGGCAAUUAUGUGCUCGUUUGGCUUAUGUGACCUUAUAGCCUUGCUGGAAAUAAACGGGCACUAGAUAUUCGGGCACUUGGUGAAAGUUUUAACGACUAGUCUCAAGUUCCCCCAUUGCUGUUAUACCAGAGUUCGAGUUGAGAGUUUAAGAAAUUCAAGACAUUGGGCUCCCUGUGGUUAUAGAAGUCGUUUGGGUUCCCUGUGUCUUUCGAGAUGGCUCUUAUAGAAUAGGUUUAGUCUACAAUGUAGAGUGGUUAUUUCAACUCCGCUAGAACUUAGUAUUUCAGAGGGUAAAUUUGGAAACUAUAAAACCUAUUUAGUGUUU